CCAGCCUCGAAAUUGUUGGUCCCCAUCCAAGCCACUCACUUCCCUUGACAUCAAUCCAAACAGCCAAAGGCCUACUCAUCUCAAACUUCCUAAAAAACCCCCACUCCACUCCCCCUUAUCAAGCACCGACAAAUUAGUUGAAAUGGGCGAUAUCAUCGACUUGGAUUUGUUUGCUGAGCUUGUCAGGCUCGAUCAACAACAGCCCUUCCUGGACGAGCAGAUAUCAAACUAUUUUUACCCAUCGUCGAAGUGUAUAUGGGCUAUGAUGGAUGAGUUACGCAGCGGCGAUUAUCGCAAGCUGGAACAAGAAGCAAUCGAGCUCCGAAUAUUGGCGUCCUCAUUGGCAGUUGUGCGUGUGGCACAACUGUGCACUUUCGUUGAAAACAAGUGCAGAUCAGGCCUCGUCGAUAGGGACCGACUUGAGAUAGACACGAGGUUGCAAGUCAUGGAACUGGCAAACCAGUUCGCCCAAGAUUGGCUGGUCAAGGAAUUAUAUGCUCGAAGGGAAAGGCGUCGCUGAGCGCGAUGGAAAUCGAUUCCUUUACAUCUCUAUCCGAUUCUCAUCUGUUGUUUUCAAAAUUCUCAUGUUCAGCCUUUCACCCUUUCAUGAAUUUUAUAUUUGUUUGAUCUUCAAUACCAAGAUGCAAAGAUAAUGAUCUCCAUACGUAUAUUGAAACACAUAUACCGAUCUUCU